AUGGCGUCCAACCGCCGCGGCGUCGGCCUCAGCGCCUUCUCCAAUGCCGCCAUCUCGUCAGACAAAUAUGCAGCCCACGGUGCUGCCCUUCGAUCCACCCACGCCGACGCCCUCGCGAACCAACUCUCAGUCUUCCAGGCCGCUCUGCACAACUUCUCCCUCACCCACGCCAAGGACAUUCGCAGCAACCCUACCUUUCGCGCCGAGUUUGCACGGAUGUGCCAUGCGAUAGGAGUAGAUCCUUUGGCUGGCAGCAACAUCAAAGCGAAAGAUGCGAGCGGAAAGGGAGGGAGUGUCUGGGCGAAGAUGCUGGGAACGAGUGUCAACGACUUCUACUUUGAGCUGGGAGUGAGACUUGUCGAAGUCUGUAGAGAAUCGAGGAGUGAGAACGGAGGCAUGAUUGCACUUUCAGAAGCAAGGAAGAGAAUCGCCAAGGGCAGAGGUCUUGUAGGCGGUGGCAUGGAAGUCACUGACGACGAUGUCGAACGUGCUUUGGAAAGUCUGGAGCCGCUGGGAGGUCAGUUCAAGAUCGCUACUCUCGGUUCUACAAAGUUUAUCCGCAGCGUGCCAAAAGAGUUGAAUCCAGAUCAGUCAACGGUGCUGGAAGUUAUUCAAAUCAUGGGCUUCAUUACUGUCUCGAUGCUUCAAGCCAACCUUGACUGGGAACGAGCGAGAGCAGUCGCAGUCAUUGACGACUUGGUCGCCGACAGUCUAGUCUGGGUUGACGAGCAGGCCGAAGAGACCGAGUACUGGAGUCCGGCUUCGAUGCACGAAGGUGGAUGA